AUGGCAUCCAGCAAAAGAAAAGCCAGUGUCGGCGCUCAAAUCUUAGAGACGAAAAAAACGCGUGGAGCUCCACCGAGCAUGGGCCAGUACAAGGAUUCUAUCAAUGAAAUCCAAUAUGGCAUUGUACUCCGGAAGUUCUAUCCCCCAGAAAUGACCGAUGACAGGGCCAGGGAAUACAACAGUGGUAACCUCGAGCGACCGAUUGAAAGUCUCCAAACGGCCAUUGCAGAGACUCGGCCGCGACGCGAUGCAGUCGCAGCAGGAGGCUCGGUGGUGCAUUGGUUCAAGUGCGACACCCGGCUGACUGACAACCAUGCUCUUCACCUGGCCAGCAAAAAGUCAAAGGCCGAAGGCAUUCCACUAAUUUGUGCGUACCUCAUAUCCCCCCAAGACUUCGAGGCUCAUUUGACCGCCUCGGUGCGUGUCGAUUUCAUCCUUCGCAAUCUUGCAAUCUUACGUCAGGAUCUGGACAAGCUCAAUGUCCCGUUGUACGUGGAGACUAUAGAGAAACGGCGAAAUAUACCUUCAAGAUUAAUAGAGUUGUGUACUGAGUGGGAUGCGAAGCACGUAUUCUGCAACGCGGAGUACGAGGUGGACGAACUCAGGAGAGAAGCAUCUUUGACCGUCAAGAGUCUGGAGCAAGGCAUCUCAUUUACCGUGGUUCACGACACGUGUGUUGUGGAACCUGGUAAGUUGACUAGCGGUUCGGGAGGACAGCUCUCAGUGUAUAGCCCCUGGCAUCGAAAAUGGUGUGCGUACCUCAACCAGCAUCCACAUGAGCUAGAUCCAUUUCCUACGCCUGAAGCAAACCCACCUUCAGUCCGGAAGCAAUUUGCUCAAUUGUUUCGCAGUGAGAUCCCCGACGCGCCAGAAUCGAAACGCCUUUCAAAGGAGGAAAAGGUCAAAUUUCAAAACAUGUGGCCUGCUGGGGAACACGAAGCCCUUGAUAGGUUGCAGAAAUUCCUUCUGGAGCGAGCCACGCAGUACCACAACACGAGAAAUAUCCCGUCUGGCAAUGGCACCUCAGUGUUGAGCCCGCACCUUGCAGCUGGAACCCUUGCGGCUCGUACGAUUGUCAGGGCCGCGCGUGAAGCUGCGCCGCAGAACAAGAUAACAGACGACCGAAAACAAGGGCAUUCAAUGUGGAUAGGAGAGGUUGCGUGGCGAGACUUCUACAUGCAUGUCUUGUGCCACUGGCCUUAUAUCUGCAUGAACAAGCCAUUCAAACCAGAGUACAGCAACAUCCGAUGGGAAUACGAUCUAGAUCAAUUCCAGAAAUGGGCCAGCGGCAUGACAGGCUUUCCAAUUGUGGAUGCAGCGAUGCGUCAAGCAGCAAAUACAGGAUAUAUGCACAACCGUUCUCGGAUGAUUGUGGCAUCGUUCCUGGCCAAAGACCUACUGAUUGAUUGGCGCAUGGGAGAGAAAUGGUUUAUGGAGCACCUGAUAGACGGCUCAUUCGCGUCGAACAAUGGUGGAUGGGGAUUCUCUGCCAGCUGUGGUGUUGACCCACAGCCAUAUUUCCGCAUCUUCAAUCCUUUGCUGCAGAGCGAGAAAUUCGACCCGCGAGGAGAGUAUAUCCGAAAAUGGAUACCAGAACUGCGAGACAUCAAAGACAACAAGAGCAUCCACGACCCGUACGGAAGAGGGGCUGGAGAGGUCGCCGAGAAGAACGGAUAUCCCAAACCCAUGGUCAACCACAAGGAAGCCAGGGAACGAGCUCUGGAGAGAUACAAGUCUGGAAUUGGAAGAAGUACAACAUGA